CCAGCGUUGCAAAUCUGCUUCUCUGUAUGCAUUACGUAACCACACUCGCUUCACUAAAUAAUUCCUCCGAAAUUAAUGACUGUUUGAACCUACUGAAGCUUCGACGCACUACGUCCAAUACUACUUGACUGGAUUAAAACGUAAUUCAUUAAAUCUUAGUGUCGGUCCACGUUUGAAGCAUCUCCAGCUAGCUUAGAUUGCUAGCCGCGAAUGAAUAAAGAGACGCCUUCCUUAGCAACACGUCGCUAAGCAGAGAUCAAGUGUGAGUGUUCCGUUUUGUGAAAUGAGUGCAAAAGCAAGAGGGGAGCAUGUGGAGGAGCUUUGGGGAGCUAAAGAGGAAAACGAUAGACUGGACGCUGUUUUCAAGGAGCCUCGAGUUGUGUUACACAGAACGGGUUCGUUCAAUUCGUACUCUCAAAUGUUUAACGUCAGUCAGGAACGCUUUCAUCCUGAGCAGCAGGAAUGUAGCUCCAAGGUGGAGCAGCAGGAGUCAGAGUCCCACCACAUCAAAGUGGAAGAGGAGCCAGACUACUUCCACAUUAAAGAGGAAGAGGAGCCAGAGCCAUCUCACAUUAAAGAGGAAGAGGAGCUGGAGCACCCGUGCAUUAAAGAGGAAGAGGAGGAGGCUGAUAUCACGUCAUCACCAUCCCCUUUUGUCAUUGUGAAGGUUGAAGGUGAUGAAGAAGAGCGUGAUGGAGACCACUGUGGAGGAGGAUCACAAGGAGACGACCUCUUAGCUCCACUUUCAGAUAGUGGCGACACAACGUCACACUAUUUUGACACUGAUGAUGAUGAUGAUGGUGAAGACUCUAAAGGUGAUGCACGUAACAAUGACAGCAAAUACCUGAGUUGUCCUCAGUGUGGCAAGACGUUCGGUACCAAGUACACAUUGAGAGUGCACAUUAUGACGCACACUGGAGAAAGACCUUUUGCCUGCUUAGUUUGUGGUAAACGAUUCUCUGUAAAGGGAGUCCUAAAAAGGCACACAAGAACACACACUGGAGAGAAACCUUUUGCCUGCUCAGUUUGUGGUAAAAGAUUUUCUACAAAGGGACACUUAAAUAGACACUCAACAACACACAGUGGUGAGAAAACAUUUGCCUGCCCAGUUUGCGGUCAAACAUUCUCUGAAAAGGAAAACUUAAAAAGGCACACACGAACACACACUGGAGAGAAACCAUUUUCCUGCUUAAUUUGUGGUCUUAAACUAUCUCAAAAGUCCAAUUUAACAAGUCACAUGAAAACACACACUGGAGAGAAACCUUUUGCGUGUUCAGUUUGUAGUAAAAGCUUCUCUUUAAAGACAAGUUUAAUAAGUCACACAAGAACACACACCGGGGAGAAACCUUUUGCCUGUUCAGUUUGUGGUAAAAGAUUCGCUCGUAAGGCAUAUUUAACCACACAUACACAAGAGCACACACUGGCGAGAAAACUCUUGACUGCUUAGUAUGCACUUACAGUUUCAGUGUUUGUUGAUUAUGAUUUGCAUGUGCUGGUUCAACAGUGAUAAUCUUGGGUAUCAUAUGGUAUUUAUUCAUUUAUGUGUGUAUAAAUAUAAUUUCCAAUUACUAUUACCAUCAUAUUAUUGUAUAUUAAA